AUGGCUUCCGCGAUGGCCUAUACCCACACCAACAGUCACCCCUUCACCCGCGAGUCCCCGCCAGCCGCGGUGGCGGCGGCGCGGCCUAACGUCAAGCUGCGGUAUCUCGCAGACCUCUCCCACUGCCUGUUCGACUUCGUCAUCCAGCUCCUCCCGACGGCGGAGGAGAUGUCUGUGAAGGAGGACGUCCGCAAGCUGCUGGAGCGGCUGAUCCGCACUAUCGAGCCUGAGAGCCGCCUGCUGUCCUUCGGGAGCACCGCGAACGGCUUCAGCCUGCGUAACUCUGACAUGGACCUCUGCUGCCUGAUCGACUCGGGCGAGCGCCUAUCCGCCUCCGACCUCGUAACGAUGCUGGGUGAUCUACUCGAACGGGAAACCAAGUUUCACGUAAAGCCACUCCCUCACGCGCGCAUCCCCAUCGUCAAGCUCUCCCUCGACCCAUCCCCCGGACUGCCGCUCGGCAUUGCCUGCGAUAUCGGCUUUGAGAACAGGCUCGCGCUGGAGAACACCCGCCUUCUCAUGUGUUACGCCAUGAUCGAUCCUACGCGCGUUCGCACCCUCGUCCUCUUCCUCAAAGUAUGGAGUAAACGACGGAAAAUAAACUCGCCGUACAAGGGCACCUUGUCGUCCUACGGCUAUGUUCUUCUCGUCAUCUUUUUCCUAGUACAUGUUAAGAAUCCUGCUGUCCUACCCAACUUGCAGCAGAUGCCCCCUCUUCGCCCAAUAUCCAAGGAGGAUACUCAUCUAGGCGACAAGAACAUAUGGUUCUUCGACGACAUCGAUGUCCUCCGCCAGCGUUGGCACUCGGAAAACACGGAGAGCGUGGCCGAGCUGCUGAUUGACUUCUUCCGGUACUACUCCAAGGAUUUCCUCUAUAAUACCGGCGUCGCAUCUAUUCGGGCGGGAUUGCUCAAGAAGGACGCUAAGGGAUGGCAAAACGACCUCUCCCCUGGCCGCGUCAACGAUGCGCGCGAGAGGAAUAGACUUUGCAUCGAGGACCCCUUCGAGACCGACUUCAAUGUCGCGAGAUGCGUGACCAAGGAUGGUCUAUACACAAUCCGUGGAGAGUUUAUGCGCGCAUCACGCAUUCUGCAAGUGCGCCCAGACCGCGCCAUCGUCGCCAUAGCCGAGCUCUGCGCAGAGCGCAAGGACGAGGACCUUGUCUCCGCGCCGCCGGCCCGCCCGCCGAACGUACCGCCGCAGACGCCGUAUACGGUGGGGAGCAACUUGCGACCGAAGGGUGCGCCGCCGCCGGAUAACUUCUCGCCUCCGCCGCUAUUUGCGCCGGGCCCGAGGUUUGUGAAUUCAGCGCAGGUGUCGCCGCGGCCCCCGCCCGAACACAUGGCGCCCAAGCGGGCGAAGUGGACGAGUCCGCCACCGCCAGACGCGCCACCGUCGGACCACAAACUGUAUGAGACGUCCUUGGGCAAGUCACUAGAGCUCGCGACGUCGAGCAUGACGGCCCGCGAGAGGGACGAAGACUCGUCGGGGAACAGCGAGCUAGUCGAAGAGGGAGAACGUUCGGACGCUGCCGAGUCUGAUGUGCACUCGGUACAUUCGGAAGCCGGCGGCAGGCGUAUCUCCUGGCAAGAACUAACGGCGAGCGCCGCUCAAGUUGGCAUGAGCCCCAACGCCUUCAUCGACCUCCAUGCUUCUGGUCGCGGACGUCCCAAGCACCACCAUGCAAAGGCACCCACGGACUUUUCGCCAGCGCCGCAAUCUGCGGUGGAACCCUCGCUCUCCGCGAAGGAGUUCGCCCGAAGAUCUAUCUCAGGGCCCGCACGCCCUCUCAACAAGGCCGGGCAGCAGAACCACUCGCCGCCUCAGGCGCAUGGCUCGCCCAUAUCCCUCACAUCUACGCUCAACCUUCCGCCCUCCCCUGUAUCACCACCGAAGGACCUACAGCAUAAUCUCCGUACCACAAUGGACCUGUCUAAUUCGGCAACUGUAUUCUAUCAGACGACCGUUCCUCGGUCGCCCGUGCCUGUCAUAUACCCCGUGCACGGCUCGCCGCACCUCGUCGCGCCCUACUACACACACUUUGCCUACCCGACGCCGCCGCACGACGUUCUCACCGGCUCCACCCACGACGCGCUGACGCGCACGGGCCUACAGCCCUCGCUGAGCCAUCGUAAGGCGCCCACGGACCUCACUUGGUCCGCGAAAGAGGAUGGCCGACGACAUACGUAUGGGCCGGGCCCGCUGACGCCCACGCCAGCGUCUUAUCACCAAGCGAACGCGCAGGGAGUGGGCACGAUGACACCGCCGCCGCUUACGACGAAGUUCUCGAUGCAGGGGUUGUCGGGCGGGUACGCGGGGCCGUCGACGCCUCCAAUGUCCGGGAAGCCACCGAGGAUGCAUUCCGGCGGAUCUCCCAAUAUGCGCUCGCCGGUGCUGUCGGGGCUUGGACCCCACGGAAAUCGCGUCGCGCUGUCGAAUCAGCCGCCUCACCAGCACCAGCACCAGCACUCACAACCGCACUCGUCGCCGCGUAUGCAGCAUUCGUCGCCUCGCAUGCCGCACAAGCGCUCCUUCCAGAAGCGACGGCACAGUCCGCAGAUCGGGAGCAGCCCGCAGAUGGGGCACCAUAGUCCCCAGCUGGGAGCGCAAAGUCCGCAUAUGGCGCCUUCGCCAACGCUGUCGGCCGCGGCGGCCGUCCCAAUCCCGUCCUCGAGCAGGGUGUCGCCCAGUCAUGGAUCUCCCUUGCUCGGCUCGCCGUCACCAUCGUCGAUGGGUUACGCGGCCUCCUCGUCACGAUCACCAUCGCCGGUGCCGGGGCCAGACUCGCCUGCGUCGAGGUCGAACAUAUCCUUGAGGUCUGGACCUUCCUCACUGCCGCGAUCGCCUGUCCUAUCGCCGCACUCAUCUCUGCUGCCAAGUCCGCCGCCUCUGAGCGGCGCACCCACGCCACCAGACGAAGCGCUUGCGGAGAGGGUGGCGCGGAUAGAUAUCUCGCUACCUCCACCGAAGAAGGACAAUGCGGUCGUCGAGGAAAGUGCUGUGCGCUCCGACGUGCAACCUGCAGCACAAGCUGGAGAACGCGCACGAUAG